AGGGAAUGGAAUUGAAGAAAGAGAAAAAAAGAGAAGAAAAAAUAAUGAAAUGAUCAAAACCCUUCUUCCAUUUCUUCCUUCCUUCCUUCCUUCUUCAACUCUCAACUCUCUGCUCACAACUCUCAACUCUCAACUCUCAAACAUCAUCAUCAACAACAACAGCAACAACCCUCCGCUCCUUCUCUUUGUUUCAACUUCUGUUUCUCAAUCAAAUGUAGAGAAAUUUCCUCUGACCUACCUUUUCUUCUCACCAACAACAUCAACAACGAGGGAGAUGAACAAGGAGCAGCGACCUGAACCUCUUGAUUUCUUCAUUUGGACUGUUGAGGAUGUUGGUUUGUGGUUGGAAGAGAUAAAUCUUGGAGGGUAUCGCCAGACUUUUAAAGAAAAUGGGGUCAAUGGUGAGUAUCUCGAAGGGAUGUCAAUGUUCACGACCGAACAGAUUCUAAGGUUUAUCAGACGAUGCCAUAUGAAAUGGGGAGAUUUCAUCACACUUUGUAAGGAACUUCGACGAAUUAAAGUGGCUUGCUUGAAAGGGGAGCAAAAGGUACGUCGGCCAUGGUGGGCACCAUCAUGCCUCUCUAUGGUGUUUCUCAAGGUGGCUAAGCGUAACAGACAAUCUCGAGUUGUUUCCUUGAAGCUGGAACCAUAGAACCGAGAUCAACUUAUUUGUAUGUGCUCAUGUAUUUCUUUUUAUGCGUGAAGAAUAUAAAAGGUAGAGAAGAAACAUAUUAGUUUAUCCUUUUCUAAAAAAAUUUAAUCGGUCAAUAUUACCUUUUCUUUUCUUUUUUGUUUUGUUUUGUUUUUUCUUUUUUUCGUUUUUGUUUUUUUCCUUUGUUUAGAACUAUGUCUAUAUAUACAAGGUUUAUGUGUUCAGUUUGGCGAUCCCGCUUGAGGAAAAACAAUGAAGCAACCAAGAUCUUGUUGCAAAUUAUACAAGUUUUGCUCUUUUACCCUCA